AUGAUGCGACGGUCUACUACCCAUCCUACCAACCUCUCCUCAGACUCUCAGCUAUUCAAGCAGCUCGAAUCAGCAACACAGAUACUCGAUGACAGACUCAACGAGAACCUCAAACUGAACCAACCCAUCCAGCUGGAAUCGACCCUGCAAGGUCAUUCCUCAUCGGAUUAUUCGCUACCUCCUAAUCUGAUAUGGGCUCCCCUCAUUAAACGGCGCACCAUCCACCUACCCGACGUACUCUUCGAUCAAUAUGAUAUUCAGCAGCACCGAUGUCUCAUGGGCAUCUUCCCGGAGAUUCAAAGGGCCUGGUUCACCGUCGAUAACAGACUAUUCUUAUGGGACUAUACAGAUGGCAACGAUUUCGCCAGUUUCGAACAACUCGAGGAGAUCAUCUCCGCCAUCACGAUCGCGAAACCAAAACCAGGUCUCUUUGUUGCCGAUAUCCAGCACCUCCUAGUCAUCUCAACCCCCUUGACAGUCACCAUCGUCGGCUUGGCUUUGAAACCAAACUCCUCGUCUCCAGCCUCCAAUGUCGAACUGUCGCUCUACAUGACUGGCUUAGAAGUCCCCACCGACGGAAUCGUCUUCACCUCCAUCUUCAGUCACAACUCAACCGGCCGAAUCUUUCUGAUCGGAUCAACUGAUUCUCAAGCAGGUCAGACCGUCGGUAACGAACUAUUCGAAUUUGAGUAUCGUUCCGAAGAAGGAUGGUUCAAGAAACGAUGUCUGUUGGUUAAUCAUUCGAGAGGCGGUGCUGGGGCUGGGGCCCUGAACAGCUUAUUGCCCAGUUGGCUCAAAUCAGUCACUCAAGGGAACAUCCUCAUGAUGAACAUCGAUCAAGAACGUCAUCUGAUCUAUAUCUUACUCAAAUCCGGCUCGAUCACCAUGCUCAGCCUAGGAAGAAACGCACUCGAUCCCCCAACAGAAGUGGCUAGCGUCUCAAACAUUGUCAGGGAGGCUCUUGCCAUGUGUCCAGCAGCCGGUCCAUUAUUGGACCCCCGAACGUUUGAAAUCAGCGGAAUGCAUAUCAUCAACAAGCAAGAGGGUGGUCAAGUCGGCUUGGUGGCCGUCACCAGUCAAGGCAUUCGCAUGUAUUUCUCGCUCGCCAAGAGACCUUACGGAUACGGCUAUUCGGCAAAUUCCUCUACUUUGUCUCUCACAAACGAUCAAGAUCCCAUUCCCCGUUCUCUCUGGUUAUGUCACAUCCGACUACCACCUCGAAACUCAAUACCCAACAACAACCAGUUAAAGGAACAUAACAUCAACCUAUCCUCCGGCUUCCAACUCAUGGGCGAUCCGCAAAACGGUGGAAAACCAGAUGGGGAAGACGCCGAACUCGAAAUACCACCAAUCCCAAAUCCAUUGAAUCUCUCAUACACACAUUACACCUCCCCGGGUGGAUUCUGGGUAUCGUCACAUAGCGUCGAUUCCGAGCACAACGUCCUCCUUGCUGUAGCACCCGAUGUCGCCCACCUCUUAAGCGCGACUUCGUCAACAGCCAUUCAAACAUCCAGCUCUUCUCUUUCGGCCCUACAACAGCCUUUUCAAUCUCCGAUCUCCGAAAUUGCAUGUCCGAUCAAGAUCGAAGGACAUGCAUGGGCGAUCACUCAUACAACUCAACAAUCGGACCUCGACAAUUAUCAUCCUAUCCAGCUCGUAGGUCCUCGACAGGAGUGGCUGGUCUUGUCUAACAUGGGCAUCACUGUCUUGUCUAGUCAAAGGCCUGUCGACAUUUUAGCCGAGCUGCUUAACAACAUGCCCGGAAAAGAACAAGAAUUGUCACUAUUUUGGGAUCGUUUUGGACGGGAUCAAACCUGUGCAAUGAGCUUAAGUAUUGCGGUCGGCGAAUCGGUCACUUACAAUAACUCAGCCGAGUCCAAUCCCAAGUACCACAGUCUUCUCCAGCCGUCCUCCGGUGCCCCUGGCGGAUAUCAUCAUCGAUGGGGACCGGAGACGAUCCAACAGGCUAAAAAACUGCUGGUUGAAUCUUCUGGACGACCAGAAAUUUCUCUUUCUGGGGGCAACUCUCAAAGUUAUUCCAACUCGUUCGGCCUGGGAGAUGGUAAGAAAAUCUGUUUCAGCGGGAAACAUGAAGGAAUCGCCCUCUAUAUGGCUUGGCUUGUGCGACCGAUUUGGAAGAAGAAGGUCUUGGUUCUCAGUGGAAUCAUUCCUACGUCUAGCAUAUCUGAAGGGCUUUUGACAAAAGUGCAAAAAGAUCUGGAAGCGCUUCGGCAUUUUAUUGACAAUGAGGUGGUUCUACUAUCGUCGAUCCCUGAUGUACGGACUGCUGGUCGAACUGACCCUGCCGUCUAUAACUUGGAGCAAGCUUCGAUUGUUGGCCUUCGUGUCUUGUUGACCCAGGCAGUAGAAGCAUUGUCGUUUGUUCAUCUACUGAUUGAUUAUAAAUUGAGCGACUUGUUGUCUGCCUCACCUCGCGAAGUAUCCGAAAUUCUGUUGAAUCUAACGUAUCGAGAAUUCAUCACCGGCCAACAAGGGCGCGAUUGUGCUCGAGAACUAGUCAAAACUCUGAUUAAUCAACAGAUCAAUCAAUCCUUCAGUGUUGAUGCGAUCAGUGAAACUCUCCAACAGCGGUGCGGUACCUUCUGUACCUCUGACGAUGUACUACUGUAUAAAGCAAUCGAAGCACUGAACACGGCAAAAGAGAGUUCUAAUAGUCAAGAAAAACGAAAAUGGGCCCGGGAGGCUCUCCGGCUAUUUCAAAAGGGAUCCAAGCACAUGUCACUAGAAGUUCUUCAAGAUGCUUGUAACCAGUUCACUGAUGCUGGUUUCUUGGACGGCGUCGUCGAGCUAUCAUUAUCUUGUGUAAGAGUCUGGGAUCCGACUCGGCAAGCACUGUCGUAUUGGAAGGAAGGUCAACCGAAGAGUGACAGUCGUUCAAAAGUCUACGAAUUGAUCGAUCAAUGUUAUUCGUCUAUCAAGAACGCCUUGGUUACUUUCGAUCCUGGAUCAAGUUCAAGUGGUCUGACUUCGGCCGAAUUGUCGGCUGUGCUCGACCAUGCGGUCCAGCUAGCUCUCACAAGUGACGAUGAACUAUUUCACUACCGUUAUUACGAUUGGUUACUGGAGCAGGAUAAGACCAUGCCACUUCUUGAAGCCCGAACACCGUUUUUGGAAGCUUUUCUGCAAGCACCUCCCAUUACACUGUCGAAAGCCGAUCUGUUGUGGCAAUACUAUACUCGUAACUCUGCAUUCUUUGAGGCGGCUCGAAUCUUGGCCAACCUAGCAAGCGAUGAUGGAUUGAACCUCCAACUCCCACGAAGAAUCGAAUAUCUGUCAUUAGCCGUCAGCAAUGCGAAGUCUACACCGAAUCUGACCACCAAAAGUGAGAAUGGUGAAGUCUUUAGCUUUCUAACGGAUAUCGAAGAGAAAUUGGAGGUCGCUCAAGUUCAAGUCGAGGUGCUUCAGAACGUGCUAGACUUGAGUGAUGAUCAGUUCCACCUCAACCAUCAUCAUAAUGAAGAGCAAGAUGCAAGUCAAACCAAAGAAGUCAUUCUGCAGGUCUUACAAGCUAGACUGUUAACGAUUAGCGAGAUAUAUAGAGAUAUUGUUGAGCCACUAGGAUUACUGGAAUGCACUUUAUUGAUUUUCCACGUCUCUGAUCACCGAGAUCUAAAUCUGAUCCAAACUGUUUGGUUGGCUAUCAUCGAGCAAGCUCAUGAAGGUAGACCCGGCGGUUUGUCUGGAGUUGAGGGCGUUGCUAACAAAGUGUCCCAAUUGGGAAGGAAAUUCUAUCCUUCUGACAUCGCUUUUAAUACUUCUAUGAUUGUUGGGAUCUUGGAGAAAUACGCGUUUGACAACCCUUUGCCUGGAAACAAAAAAUGGGUCGGUUCCGUUCUGAGGGAGGCUGGAUUACCGUGGCAGACAAUCUGGGAAUCAGUUGAUGAGCUAUUCACCAGCAAGUUGCCUCCAUGGCACAUCGAUAGUACACUUUCAUUUUUAACGUUCGAGAUUGCCGAAAUCAUCCAACAAUGGAUACGUGAGGUCGACGAGCUGAACGAUUUCUUACUGACCAACUCGCACUCAACCGGCAACCCGAACUCGACCGGACCGCCGACGAACGGCUUCCCUGCAGCCCGAUUAGAAGACGUAAUCGAUCGCUACAUCGACACGCUCUCUCACAUGCUCAUCAAUUCCCAUCCCUCCUCCCACAGAAAUGGCCUUCCUAAUGUGGCGGCUAACCCUCAGACUCAUUCAGAUGAUAACGAAUUCUCUGAUGCCAUCCGAAGUUUUAAAAAGUCAAAACUUAAAAUUCGUGACUUGUUUUGA